UGCUGUUGCCGAGUGAGAGCAGAAGCGUCCAGCUCGAGUCAGACAGAAGCCGCCGCUGUGGGAUCCGGGAGAAGUGUUAGUCUGGCGGAAAAAAUCCAUUUGCGCACACAUACAUAUCUGGACCGCAGUUUCCUCUGCGUUUAUCAGGAGGGAGGAGUACACAGCAAGGCACAUACAAUUUGUGUUUUUUUCCCCACGCCGUGAUAAGUUUGUGCGCGGAGUUUCAGGAGUAGUUUCGGGUGAGCUGACUGGGCCAGCCUCACUGCCCUCUGCUCUCCCCUCCUUCCCCGGCCAGCCUGCGGUAAGUUAGCCCGCUGUCCGGCUCGUCCUCCAGCUGUGCUGAAAUCAUGGCGCUUAGAGCCAGAGCGCUGUACGACUUCAACUCUGAAAACCCCGGGGAGGUGUCCGUCAAGGAGAGUGAGGUCCUAACUUUGUUCAGUGAGCAGGACAUAGAGGGCUGGUUUGAAGGGGUGAACAGCAAAGGAGAGCGGGGACUGUUCCCCGCGUCGUACGUGGAGAUCCUGAAGAACGACGCCGCCUCCACCACCAACAACAACAGCGGCAGCAGCAGCACAUCUGUGGACACGUACCCGAACUCCAGGUACUCCAACAUCCCACCCGGAGGUUUUGAUGCCCCCUCCAAUCCUCCGAAUGCAACUGAGAACUUUAAUAAAGCAGGGUCUCCUCCUGCUUUCGUCACAUUCACAGCUCCACCACCGCAGCAGCAGCCACAGCAGCAUGCUUAUCAGUCAGUCGGCCAACCGAGCGAUGAUGACUGGGAUGAUGACUGGGACGACAACUCCACUGUUGCAGAUGAGCCAGGGACUGUUGGAGGACGGUAUCGUGACUUUGAAGGCAAUGGGCCGUCCACCUACAGAGUGUCAACAUGCUCAAUGUCAAGAGGCAGUGCACAGCAGGCAAAGAGCUCAGCCACAGUCAGUAGAAACCUGAACAGGUUUUCGACCUUUGUGAAGUCAGGGGGAGAGGCGUUUGUGCUGGGAGAGGCAUCAGGAUUUGUGAAGGAUGGGGACAAGAUCUGUGUGGUGAUGGGUCAGUUUGGUCCAGAGUGGCAGGAGAACCCAUAUCCGUUCAGCUGCACCAUUGACGACCCCACCAAACAGACCAAGUUCAAAGGUAUGAAAAGCUACAUCUCCUACAAGCUGACGCCAACACACACACAACAUCAGGUGAACAGGAGGUAUAAGCACUUUGACUGGCUGUACGCGCGGCUGGUGGAGAAGUUUCCCGUCAUCUCGGUUCCUCACAUCCCUGAGAAGCAGGCCACGGGUCGCUUUGAAGAGGACUUCAUCUCCAAGAGAAGAAAGGGCCUAAUUUGGUGGAUGAACCACAUGACCAGCCACCCAGUCCUGUCCAAGUGUGAUGUUUUCCAGCACUUCCUCGGCUGCACAGAUGAGAAAGCCUGGAAGCAGGGGAAGAGGAAGGCAGAGAAGGACGAUAUGGUCGGUGCAAAUUUCUUUCUCACCAUCAGCACACCGGCAGCUCCACUAGACUUUCAGGAGGUUGAGAGCAAAAUAGAUGGAUUCAAGACUUUCACCAAGAGGAUGGAUGAGAGCAACAUGCAGCUCAACGGCACUCUUAAUGAGUUUGCCCGCAAGCAGAUCAGUGGUUUUAAGAAGGAGUAUCAGAAAGUAGGAAUUUCAUUCAAGGUCCUCAGCCAGGCCUUUGAAAUGGACCAGCAGGUGUAUUCUACAGGACUCAACCAGGCCAUCUCCUUCACCGGAGAUGCAUAUGAAGCCGUUGGAGAGUAUUUCUCAGAGCAGCCUGGCAAGGACGUGGACCCUAUCAUGGAUUUGAUUGCCCUCUACCAAGGACACUUGGCAAACUACCCAGAUAUCAUCCAUGUCCAGAAAGGAGCCCUGACGAAGGUGAAAGAGAGCCAGAAGCACGUCGAGGAGGGCAAGAUGGACCUAGCGCAGGCAGAGGGCAUCAACGAGCGCUGCAACAUCAUUUCCUGCGCGACGCUGGCCGAGAUCCAGCACUUCCACCGGAUCCGCGUGCGCGACUUCAAGACACAGAUGCAGCACUUCCUUCAGCAGCAGAUCUCCUUCUUUCAAAAAAUCACAGGGAAGCUAGAGGAGGCGCUGCAGAAAUAUGACAACAUGUAGGCGAAUCCGUAGCGUCACAUCACAACUGGUCGGUUCGGACCUUGGUGAUCGAUAGCCACAGACCUAAGUCUCUAAGUCGAGCAGUGGAGUUUUGACAAACAGCAGCAGAACCAUAAAGUGCUGAAUGCUGUUCAUCCAGCAGGACGGGCCAUUCGAGCGAGAUUAUGCUCUAGAGUUUGAUGACUGGGUGAGGACAUGUAAAUGAAUGACUUUAGGCCAAUGUCUUAUACAAACUAAAGGUGUUAUGCCUUAUAAUUUAAUGAGAAUGAAUAAUCACAAUGGUUCACCUCUUGGUCCAGUAGGUGGGUAAAUUAAAUCUGACAGUGAGUCACAGACAGGACCGCUGUUUCCUGGAUGAAGUGGGUUUUUUUGGCCUGACAUCACUCUUUUUAACUUGACUGUGUUUUCUUAAGUGACUGCCACUUCUGGAGGAGCAUUUAUGGCUAACACUCAAGCCCUUCCUGUGUGUUUCUCUCUGUGUGUUUACAGUCUCCUCACUGAGCAGCCACUGUCACCAAUGUCUCGCUGUGCCUUCAAAUAUGUCUCUCUGGUCAUAUUCUUUUUAUGAGUUACUAAAAAAACAACUUUAUAUACUGUAUAUGUUGAAAUAUAUUAUAUUUGUUUUUACACAGCUACUUAAAGAUAGAGAAAAAGAUAGCUCUACCUCGAGUAAGGGCAGUGUCUUUUAUGGAAGAGAGUGUUGUUGGAUCAAAAUGGAAAAUAGAAACCCAUGCCUUACACAUUUAUGCAGGCUAGCUCAUUUUAUCACAGUAUGUUGGACACUUACAUUGCGGGUUAUGUGAGCUGUGGUUUUUUUAAGGUUUCCUUUAAGGAUGUUGUUCAGAGACAGACUGUUAGGUGGUAGAGGUUUUCCCUCGACUGUUUUACUAACGCUGUUGUUUUAAUAGCACAGUUCAGUUGUACUGCUGUUUUUACCCUUCACGAUGCUCGUUGCAUCGUAAAGACAUUAAUGUAGACGCAGAGAUGCGACAAUAAAUUCCUCCCUCACAGAAA